CCAUGUUGUCAAAAAGAAAUUGUUAGCAGAUUUUGACCCCGAAUGUCUAACGAGAACGACCAGUCCCGAUCGUAACCAGAACACACGACCAAAAUGCAGACCGCAAAGGGCAAGCCCCCGGUCUUGUCUUACGCAGCUGCCCUAAAGACGGGCCUGGCGGUACCUGAAAUAUCCAGGGAGAACAACCGAUCGAAAUCACCGGGUGAAUGUUCGCCAACCGCGUCGUCUAAGAGCGACGCAGACACCAGUCACGCCACCCAAGGGGCCGCGGGAUCUCUAUCAUCAGAGCCCUCUAAGAGCGGCAACUCAACAGAUUCUUCAGACCAGCCCCUUACCACAUUCCGGAGUACUCAAACCUGCAGACCCCUUCCAAACAACCCAACACAGCCUUCCCAGUCCUCCCAGGAUUGCCCGCCGAGACUGAAACCGAGAUCCUCCGCCCUAUUCCUCCGCGGCAUGGUAGCCAACUGUGGCUGCCUGUACAUCGUCAAGACGGGCAUCAGUGGAUUCCCCUCCUACCGCGACUUUCUCGAGUCAGGCUUUCCUAUGAGAAGUCGCUGUUCGCUGUGCAACGUCCUGGUCACCGAGAUCAGGUUCAACAAGGAUGUGGAGGCGGAGGUCACGGAGAUUAUUCAAUGGGAUGAGGAAGAGCAAUAUGGAUAUUCCGAGGACCUAGUGGAGAUCUAUAACGAUGAGGAUGCAGAUGACCAUGACUCUAGCCAAGGAUCUCAAUCACAGGGAGAGUCUGACGAGGAUAUGGAGGGCGACUCAUAUGGAGGAAUAUGGGGUGAUUAUUGCGAGGACGUAGUGGACGAGGCCAGUGACACGGACGACGAGGGUAGCGAGGAAGAGAAAGUCGGGGUUUGUUUACGGUGAGGAAGACGAUGAGUUUGGCGGCAUUGAUGGAGAAACCUCUCUAGCUUUCCGAGGAGGCACCAGCGAAUGACCAACCCGGCAUCACCUCGACUUCAACCGAGCAUGAAUAGG